AUGUUCUCUCGCCGACUGGUAACCCAGAGCUGUAAAGCGAUCCCCCGUGGAUUCUCAUUAACUCGAGUACGUGCUCAAAGAGCUAGUAGCUACAGAAAGUUGGCCAGCCCGCCUCCCGUCUUCGAAGCUCGAGACUCUUUUGAAGCCAAAAAUGGAUCUCUCACCAUUUCCAGCGCCGACCGCUCUAUCUACGUGGUAGAGAAAAAGAAGAAGGGCGGCUGGACAAGUUUAGACGCCAUCCUCCUCCGCGACAGUUGUACUUGUGCAGCAUGCGUUGACACAGCCUCGGGUCAAAAGACCUUUGCCACAACAUCUAUACCAUCGGAUAUUGCCAUUGACAAGAUUCGCUCGACGGAAGAAGGUAUCAGCAUCUCAUUCAAGAAUGACAUGUACCCAGACCACGAGAUGGUACUGCCCUGGCUAUCAGUCGAUAAAGCAAUGGGUUACAAAAGGGUAGAGAAGAUGCCUGCUCCAAGGCAUGAACUUGUGUAUCCCAAGACAGGCCGGACGUUUUGGGACAAGGCCAUUAUCCAGGAACGUGUUCGCAAAAUUGACUAUCACGAAUUCAUGAAAGGCUCCGACGUGUUUUGGCACACCAUUCUAGACCUCUCCAAUCUUGGCCUCGUGUUCCUCAAAAACGUACCGAAAGACGAGAAUUCCAUCGUUGAAAUCACCACGCGCAUCGCCAACAUCAAGGAGACCUUCUACGGCCGCACGUUUGACGUUCGCGCCAAGCCAGACGCUGAAAACGUAGCCUACACAAGUGGCUACUUGGGCCUUCACCAGGAUCUGCUGUACCUUGAGAGCCCGCCUGCUAUCCAACUGCUUCAUUGUAUGGAGAAUUCGUGUGAAGGCGGCGAAUCACUUUUCAGUGAUGGUCUCUUCGCGGGCAAACUCCUUUACCUACAAUCUUCCCCCACCAUCAGGAAUCUCGCACGCGUGAUGAUUCCGUAUCACUACGAGAAACACGGAUACUUUUACCGACAGAGGCGACCGAUUUUUGAUCUCGGCCCAAAUGAAAACCUUGCUGGUGUAUACUGGAGCCCGCCUUUCCAGAACCAAUACCAGAACGUCUCUGUCGAUAUGCGACUGUGGCUGGAGCCAGCGAAGCUGUUCGAUCGACUGAUCAAUGACCCUGAUGCCAUGUACGAGAUGAAGAUGGAACCCGGAGAGUGUGUACUUUUCGAUAACACACGGAUUAUGCAUGGGCGCAACCAGUUCGAUGCCGGUGGUGGAUCAAGAUGGUUGAGGGGAGCGUACAUUUCGAGAGAGGACUUUGUGAGCCGCGCGCUGCAUGUGCCUGAGGAACUGGCGAUGAAGUAUCGAGCCGGUAAGGAGUGGACCCGAUAUAAUGAAGAUGCGGAAGUGAGGGCGUCAGAGCGAUUUGGCAAGGUCUUGGAACAGGUUGAUGAAAUGGUUGAAGGACUGAAGAAAGACAAGAGUAUCGAUAGAAUGGGUCCCCGAGAAUUUGAGAUGUUGAGAAACUAA